GGAUCCUGGAUUUCCUCCCUCCAGACCAAAGGGUGCAGCUGCUGCCGAGGUGGCUGAUGCAGCUCAGGAGAGGUAAGGGAGCCAAGAGGCCCCCUCUGGAGCAGGUGAGUAGAAGGGGGGGGCCCAGCUGCCCGCCCACCACUAGAAAACCCCCAGCGUAGACCUGCCUGACAGCAGGACCUUGGUUAAGAUGGGAAAACAGUAGGGUUUGGGCACAGGAGGCCUAGGCCCCCAACCUGGUGACCGUUGGACACCCUGUGUAUAUAGGAAGGAAGCUGUGGUCCUUAUCUAGGGUGCCUGCGAAACUCAGGCCAGUGGGGAACCAAGCCUGCAGAGGCAAUACUGCUGUGUGGCUGUGGACCAGGCCCAGUGCUGGUGCUGCUGGGGUCCCAUCUGAGGGGACAGUUGGGUCUAUAUCCAAAGUGUCCUGAGAUGGGCAGAGUUGGGAAGGGGGCCAGGGGCUCCAGGCAGGGAAGGCAGUCAAGACAGGCCAAAGCUCAGCCUGAUGGUUGCAUGAGUGGGGCCCCAGGAUCCACUAAGGCCGUGGGCAUAGCCCAGGUAGUUGAAAAGGCUGGGAGCUGGAGGAGACUCAGAACAUAGGGAGAAGAAAGGGACAGGAAGACUCCUGGGGCAGUUUUUCCUAUGGAGGGAACCUUGAGGUAGGUUUGAGCAGGGGGUAUAGUGUCUGCUUUGCAUCUUCUAUCCCAUGCCCUAGUGGUGGACUGGGAGGACUACUGGAAGACAGAAGGCCAGCAGGUGGAUUGGGUCGGCUGUUUUAUAGACCUGGUGGUUACAGGCCCCCUGUGAGGGGAGGUCCUGAGGAAGACAAAUUUGUAGCCAGAGCAGGCUGGGGCCAGAACUCCUAGGUUCUGUCCUAGCCUUAAGCAGCUCAUCCAUCACUCCCAGCCUCCCUCCAAUGUGGGGUAGACACCUGGAUCUAUCUGCCCUGCUCUAUAGGGGAUGGGUCUCUUCCAGGUCACCUGUGCCAUCAGGUGAGUGUGGGACAAAGUGCAGCCCACCACUCCCCAGUUCCAGUAUGCAUGGUCCCCCUCGCACUCUGUCAGCCUUUCCCUGCCCCAACCCCACCCUCCCUCCUGGCACAGCCCAGCAUGGCUGUUAUCUACAGGAGGAGAGCCACUGUGGUCUGAAGAGAUGCCACUGCCUGGAGACUGGGGUCUUAACCUCCAGCCUGGCACUGAGCCACCUGCAACCUAGCAGCAGGUGACCUUGGCUCCCAGCCUGACUCAGCUGAACCUGGAUCCUGUGCAUAGGCAAGAGCUGACUCUGAGCCCUGGCCCAGCCAAGCUGACCCCUACACUAGACCCUACACACCGGAUGGAGCUGAUCCUGAGUACCAGCCCAGCUGAGCUGACUCUGGAUCCUGCGUGCCAGCCAAAGCUGCCCCUGGAUUCCACAUGCCAACCAGAGAUGACCUUCAAUCCUGGCCCAGCUGAGCUUACCAUGGAUCCUGAACACCAGCCAGAGGAGACACCAGCUCCUAGCCUGGCUGAGUUGACCCUGGAGCCUGUGCACCGCCGACCCGAGCUCCUGGACGCUUGUGCUGACCUCAUCAAUGAUCAGUGGCCCCGCAGCCGCGCCUCCCGCCUUCACUCCCUGGGCCAGUCCUCAGAUGCCUUCCCCCUCUGCCUGAUGCUGCUGAGCCCCCACCCCACAUCUGAAGCAGCACCCAUUGUGGUGGGCCAUGCCCGCCUGUCACGGGUGCUGAACCAGCCCCAGAGCCUCUUAGUGGAGACAGUGGUGGUGGCCCGGGCCCUGAGGGGCCGUGGCUUUGGCCGCUGCCUCAUGGAGGGCCUGGAGGUCUUUGCUCGGGCCCGGGGCUUCCGCAAGCUGCACCUCACCACCCAUGACCAGGUGCACUUCUAUACCCACCUGGGCUACCAGCUGGGCAAGCCUGUGCAGGGCCUGGUCUUCACCAGCAGAUGGCUGCCUGCCACCCUGCUUAAUGCCUUCCCCACAGGCCCCUCUCCCCGGCCACCCUGGAAGGCCCCAAACCUGACUGCCCAAGCUGCCCCAAGGGGUCCCAAGGGACUUCCAUUGCCACCACCCCCUCCUCUACCUGAGUGCCUGACCACCUCACCCCCAGUUCCAUCAGGGCCCCCUUCAAAAAGCCUGCUGGAGACACAAUAUCAAAAUGUGAGGGGGCGCCCCAUAUUCUGGAUGGAAAAAGACAUCUGAGGCCAUCCAGGGCAAGGAACUGUCUUUCUGGGUCAAUAGACUGCCCUGGACAGUCUACAAACCUCAGCCCACUGAUCAUACCUCAGCCCCCUAGCCCUUGGGGGGCAGCUUUAGCCUGGGCAUGUUUCCUGGGUACCAGUGGGGCCAGGAGGUGGCUCUGGCUCAGAGCCGUCAGUGUGGCUGAAUAAAGCCUCUGUUGGGU